AAUCUUGGGUUUUAUAUGAAAGAUAUUGGUUAGAUAUCUCGACAGUACACUAUUCAUUGAGUGUUGGAAUUUCCUGUGAAGUGGAUAUGAACAUAUAUGACUGAAAUGCAGUGAGAGAAUCACUCAGUCAAGUACCAACAUCUAUCAACGUGAUGUUCCGGAGUGUGUUGGUCAUCUUUCUCGUGCCCCUCUGCCUGGCUAUCCCCCUGGAUACCUCGGGUGGUGAAGGCAAGAUAUGGGCUGUCUUAGUAGCUGGAGCUAAGGAGUACUAUAACUACGCCAUGCAGGCAGAUAUUUGUCACGCUUACCAAAUAUUUCACCGUCAUGGAAUCCCAAACUCCAACAUCAUAGUCAUGAUGUAUGAUGACAUAGCUUACAAUCCAAAUAAUCCCAGGCAAGGUGUUAUCAUCAACCAACCCAAUGGUCCUAACCUGUACCCCGGAGUUAUUAAAGAUUAUACCAAGGAAGAGGUAACACCCGAAAACUUCAUCAACAUUUUAACGGGCAACAAGAAAGCGAUGGAAGGUAAAGGCUCUGGAAAAGUUCUUGAAAGUGGACCGAACGACCACGUACUUGUGUACUUCUCAGAUCAUGGGUCUUCUGGGCUCAUAGCGUUCCCAGAGUCCGUGUUGUACGCAGACCAGCUUAUCAAGGCUCUCAAAACAAUGCACAAGAAGAAAAUGUACAAAAAGCUGGUGUUCUACUUGGAUACUUGUGAGUCGGGGUCGAUGUUUUCAAAAAUUCUGCCCAAAAAUAUCAACAUUUUUGCGACUACAUCAGCCGACGCUACACAUCUUGCCUACAACACGUACUGUGAUGUCCCUGGCAUGGACACCUGCCUAGCUGGAGAAUACGGAGCUGCUUGGAUGGAGGACAUUGAUCACGAAGAUCACAUCAAGAAGGGCCUGCGCACAGAGACACUGAAGAAGCAGUUUCAGAAAGUCUCCAACAGAAUGAAGGAAAGUCGACCUUGCGAGUACGGCGAGCUGAGUCUGGGUGUCGAUCACGUGACAGACUUCCUUGGUGGUGCCAAGGGUAGCGGUGACCUGGCAGAGGAUACCCCUACAGUGCAUUCUACGGUUUCAAUUUCGAAGCGCGACGUUCUUCUGGAGAUGUUGAACCGGCAGGUUGAUGCAGCUGUAAACAAAGAGGAUAAAGAGAGGCUGGAAAAGAAACGAUUACACUUGAUCAAUGGCAGAAAGGAAAUUGACAACCUAUUCAGUAAAAUUCUGACCCAAGCUUCCAGAUCUGUUGUUGACGACAAGAACGUCUUAGAGAACACUCACCAGCCUCUUAAUCUGGAAAUGAUGCCUUGCUACAGAACUCUUGUGGACAACUUUAAUCAAAACUGUGUGAACAUCAAUAAGAACCUCUACACACUGUCACACCUGCACAAGUUGGCCAACCUGUGUGUCCUAGAGUACUCAACAUCCGACAUGAUCCAAGUCUUCUCUAAGGAGUGUAAGGAUCAACACAGAGCUCUGGUCAAUAUUAACUAGAGAAACUCUAUUUUUUGUGGAAUAAAUUGUAAUAUAAAGAAUUUUACACGAUGAA